AACAAAACUGUGUUGUUGAACCGCGCUGCUGCCGAUAGCAAAGUGAUCCGAGCGAUCAAGAACAGCUGCGCUUCCAACCUCGAAGUCUCCGUGGUCAAGCUUAGCUUGACCAGAUCCAUCAUGGACAAGGCCCUGGCCUCAAUUUUUGCUGCGGCGACAGAAGUGACUCGGGAGAUGAUGGAGUCGGGUGAAAUAAACGGAAACGUCGAAACAAUGACGUUUUUGAACAAGUUGAAGUUGCGCGUCGGAACGGUCCCGGUGGUUUUGGCUGGUGGCGGAACGAGCAUGGGCGUGGGCACGUGGGCGAGACUGAUGCCGUCGGAGCUGUUCUGCAAGAUCUUCAUGGUCUUGCGGGCUGCUCGGCGGUGCUGGUUCGAGGCGCCAGAGGAGCCGUUCGCCGUGGAGGAGCAUUGCGCCCUCGCGCACAACAUUGACCGCUUCUUUGAAGUGGACAUGUUGAACUGGGGGGACUUUGCGAUGGUCCAGUUUGUGGUGCGGGGUGGGCUGGGUGAUUUCGGUGUGGGUAUGGGAGGGGAGGAUGACGACGAGGUCUUCGAUAUCUUUGCGGGAGAUGAGGAGGGAGAGGGGGAUGAGGUGGUGGAUGAGGUGGGCGAGGAGGAUGGUGGUGAUGAGAUGGAGAUCGACGAUUCAACUUCCAAGCUGUUGAACUCUGGUCAGUUGGAGGAGGCGUUCGCUCGCCUUCGGGUGGAUAUCGGCCAGGCCGAGUUGCAGCUGACCCUUGCCAGGCUGCAUUUCUGA